AUCGAGCCGAGAUAGCGUCGGCUCUAACAUCGAAAGCUCUUGUUCACUCCUUUGAAGGUACUUAACAUAACCUAACCUACCUGAUAUACAUCUACCAAACCUGUUAUCAAUUAUUGCGGCGCUUCAUUUACGAAUAAAAAAUUGUACAGCGCCAUGCGACCACGACUGCACACUCGAUUGGCACCUUCGGCCGUCCGUCUCCUUCGUCUUUACUCCACUGACGCCGGCCCUCUCAUUCGCGUUACCAACCUCAAAGCUCCCAAUUCUGGUCAUAUCCGUAUUCUCGAAUUGAAUAGACCAUCUGCGCGUAAUGCUAUAUCAAAAGCGCUCCUGGCCGCCUUAAGAGCUGAAGUCGCCGAUGUCCAGUCGCAAUAUACCAUAGAAGGCCAAGAAUUGCCUCCUCCCCCGCGAUUCGGUGGAGCUGCUGGUAUAGAUCUAAAAGGGCCUACUAGAGCUUUGGUUUUGGCUAGCGCUAUCGAUGCGAGUUUCUGCGCGGGCGCAGAUCUCAAGGAGCGACGCGGCUUCACGCAAGAUGAGACAGCGCAAUUUCUAGCAGAUCUCCGCGGCACUUUUUCGUCCCUCGCGUCCCUCCCGAUCCCUACGAUUUCGGCUAUCUCUUCCAUCGCGUUAGGCGGCGGCCUUGAGCUCGCCCUUUGCACACAUUUCCGAGUAUUGGCCUCGACUGCGACAGUAGGUCUUCCCGAGACGCGAUUAGGCAUAAUUCCUGGCGCCGGUGGUACCUACCGAUUGCCCGCGUUGAUUGGACUCUCGCGCGCCAGAGAUAUAAUUCUCACGGGACGGCGCGUUUCCGCCCCCGAGGCGUACUUCUUAGGAAUUGCCGAUCGGUUGGUUGAGGUGCUACCCGAAGACGAGCGGGACGGUGUCGAGCAGACGAAUAAUGGAGCGGAAGACGGACUACCAGCUAGAGCACGGAAUGCGGUUCUCUCGGAGGCAGUGAGGUUAGCAAUCGAGAUCUGCGAGGGCGGCCCGAUUGCCGUUAGAUCUGCCCUGCAGGCCGUCGGCUGGGCUACGGAGGAAGUAGAGAAUACCAUGUACGAGCGCGUGAUGAAAACCGAGGACCGAGACGAGGCAUUAGAAGCGUUUAAGCAUAAGAGAAAGCCCGUCUUCAAAGGGCGAUAAAUCAAUGGCAUCAAACUAGGUUAGGUACCUAGGUAGGGUUCUUGUUUCAUAUAUACUACCUCUAGGUAUGUAGCAUUCUGUGCUACAAUUAUUAGCACCAUGUCUGCAUCGGUGUGUAUUUCUACAAUAAUACCAGGCAUAUCUCCCCUUGAGACAAUUACAAUACGAAAUAAGACUAGACCUAAGUUUAAGACAUUAUUAUCGCAAUCAGCUUUUUAGCCAAGAGCUGCUAUAUCCCUACAAUGGCAUUGUGCUCUAAUA